AUGGGACUUUCAGAGGACUUGAUCCAAUCAUACAGCUCUACUUUCCAAAAGGCUGUAGAUCAUCCUUUAGUAAAGGAAUUAUGUGCAGGCACAUUAUCGAACAAGGCAUUGUAUGUUUACCUCACACAGGAUACCAAGUAUUUCCGCUUGUACAUACAAAUAAUUUUAAAGACAGCAUUUUUGUGUGAUUCGGAUGAUGCAAAAAUUGGCUUCGGCAAACAAAUCGGGUUCAUCAGCAAUGAUGAAAAUACAUAUUUUGACAAGGCUAUACAAUUUUUGUUGGACAAAGAUCCAAGUCUCGGACAGAAAUACAAUCCAAAAACAUUUAUGCCUGAUGAAGUUCAGGCUUACAUCGAUAUGCUUACCAAACUAUCGGCCAGACUCGAAACAUACAGUUAUGCUCAACUAGUCACUUAUCUAUGGACGACUGAGAUAAUAUACUUGAAAUGGGCAAAGAAGGCAAUGCAGACGGAAGGUGCAGUUGCUGAAAAUUUGCAUUGGAGAUACAAGGAAUGGAUUACCUUACAUUGCGCGGAUAACUUCGAAGCGUAUGUCGACUUUCUUCAAAAUGAGGUCGAUCGACUCGUCGAUAGAGAUGAGGUGGAUUCCAUAUUCAGGAAGACUGUUGAUAUGGAGUAUGGCUUUUUUGAAGCAUGCUAUAGAAACAGAUGA